AUGCGCAACUUCGCAGCUCUGGGUCUGCUCGGCGCAGCCGCCCUGGCCGCCGCUUCCGACGUUGUCGACCUUAAGCAGGACACCUUCAAGGGUUUCGUCGAGGAGAACGACCUCGUCCUCGCAGAGUUCUUUGCCCCCUGGUGCGGACACUGCAAGGCACUUGCACCCGAGUACGAGGAGGCCGCUACAACCCUCAAGGAGAAGAACAUUGCCCUGGCCAAGAUUGACUGCACCGAGGAGGCCGACCUCUGCCGUGACCACGGUGUCGAGGGCUACCCUACCCUCAAGGUCUUCAGAGGCCUCGACAAUGUCUCUCCCUACAGCGGCCAGCGCAAGGCCCCUGCCAUCGUCUCAUACAUGACCAAGCAGUCCCUCCCCGCCGUCUCCAUCGUCGACAAGGCCACCCUUGAGGACUUCAAGACCGCCGACAAGGUCGUCCUGGUCGGUUACUUCGCCGCUGAUGACAAGGCUUCCAACGAGACUUUCACCGCUGCCGCCAACGGCCUCCGCGACAACUUCCUUUUCGGUGCCACCAACGAUGCCGCUCUCGCCAAGGCCGAGGGUGUCAAGCAGCCCUCGAUCGUUCUUUACAAGAGCUUCGACGAGGGUAAGAACACCUUCGAGGAGAAGUUCACCAAGGAAGCCAUUACCACCUUCGCCAACACCGCCUCCGUUCCUCUGAUUGGUGAGGUCGGCCCUGAGACCUACUCUGGCUACAUGGCCGCCGGUAUCCCCCUCGCCUACAUCUUCGCCGAGACUCCCGAGGAGCGUGAGACUCUUGCUACCUCCCUCAAGUCGGUCGCCGAGAAGCACAAGGGCAAGGUCAACUUUGCUACCAUCGACGCCAAGGCCUUCGGUCAACACGCCGGUAACCUCAACCUCGAGGUUGGCAAGUGGCCCGCCUUCGCCAUCCAGGACACCCAGAAGAACCAGAAGUUCCCCUUCGAGGGCACUGACCUUUCCACAAAGAAGAUUACCAAGUUCCUUGACGACUUUGUUGCCGGCAAGGUUGAGCCCAGCAUCAAGUCUGAGCCCAUCCCCGAGAAGAACGACGGACCCGUCACUGUUAUUGUUGCCAAGAACUACGACGAGAUUGUCAUGAACGCCGACAAGGAUGUUUUGGUUGAGUUCUACGCUCCCUGGUGCGGUCACUGCAAGUCCCUUGCUCCCAAGUACGAGGAGCUCGGUGAACUGUUCAAGCCUCACUCCAACAAGGUCACCAUCGCCAAGGUCGAUGCCACUGCCAACGAUGUUCCCGAUGAGAUUCAGGGUUUCCCUACCAUCAAGCUCUUCCCCGCCCACGGCAAGGGUGAGCCUAUUGAGUACAGCGGUGCCCGUACUGUUGAGGACCUUGCCACUUUCAUCCGUGAGAACGGUAGCAACAAGGUUGAUGCUGACGCUUCAAGCGAUGAUGUUGAGACUGCCGGUAUGCCCAAGCAGGCUGAGGCUGCCACCGAGGGUGUCGCCGCUAAGGUCGCUGGUGCCGUUAAGGACGCAGUUGUCGAGAAGGCUGGUGAGGCUGCCGCUGUUGUCAAGGAUGGUCUCGUCGACAGUGACGGUGACCUCGCCGAGCACGAUGAGCUUUAA